AUGAAGUCCCUGUUUCUAGUACUUGCACUUCUUGCCAUAUACGUCAGCGCCGAAGAUCCAUUUGACUGCAGUGGAAGUGGAAAGUGCCCUGCUGGACUUCGAUGCGAUGAGGGGAGAUGUAUUGGAAAUAUGAAGUCCCUGUUUCUAGUGCUUGCACUUCUUGCCAUAUACGCCAGCGCCGAAGAUCCAUUCGACUGCAGUGGAAGUGGAAAGUGCCCUGCUGGACUUCGAUGCGAUGAGGGGAGAUGUAUUGGUAAGUUCAAUCAAUUGUUGUAGCC